AUGGCAGCGGGGAAUGCACCAGGUCUGAAGUCCUGUGUCGACAACGUUGAACCUCUCAAGCUCCAGUGCAUCUGCAAAAGCCCGCAGGACAUCAUUUUCGUUGACAUUCCAGGCUUCGACGAUAUAUGCAAAUCCGAGACGGAAAUACUCCAGAUGAUCGCUGUUUGGGUGAAGCAAAUGUACGAACAGAACGUUAAGCUGGCCGGCAUCCUCUACUUCCAUCGGAUAACAGACAGUAAGAAGGCGGGCGUUAUGAAGAAUCUUCAGAUAUUCCAGAAGCUCUGCGGCUCAGAAGCCUUGCGGAAUACGAUCUUGACAACGACGAUGUGGGACGAGGCAGACAGAACAUUUGGCGAAAGGGAAGAGAGGAACCUCGUGCAGGGUUGCUGGAAGUCGAUGAUGAGUCAAGGCGCGAAGACGAUGCGCUACUGGAACACCGAAGAGUCGGCUUGGGACAUCAUCGACCAUGUCCUAUCUCGCCGCCAGAGACAGUGUACCCUGGACUUACAGAAGGAACUGGUGGCUGAAGGAAAGGGGCUUCUGAAGACUGGCGCUGGAGAGCACGUAUUUGGUGAGCUGCAGGCUCUAGUUAAGUGGCAGCGAGAUUCUUUGCAUCAGCUUCGAGCGUCGAUGGGACAGCAUGACGACGAAGUAAUCCUGAACGCGUUGAAGGAGGAGUAUGAUGAACUUCGACGUCAGAAGGAGGCAGCAAUGAAAGAUAUCGAGGCAUUGAAGCUACAUAGAGGAAAGCGUCUGCUCCAUCUCUUGGCUUUCCGUUAG